AUGAGACUCAUUACACACAACAUGUUACAGUGUCACGUUAAGAACUGUAACAAUAACAACUUCCCUCUUCGUUUUGAAGAUGUUCAAGUUGAAUUAAUCGAAGCCGACUUCAACCCCGAAUUUUUAUCCAACAUGUUGAACAAGAUUGAUUGGGAUGCUUUAACCAGUACCGCCGUUCAGCUCGGAAUCAAUACCCUUCCUGCUCAAAUGCCUGAAGAUGCCGAAGAAAACGAGGAAUUUUUAAAGCUUGUUCAUAAUGUUUUAUUAGAGACCCAUGUUCAACAAGGUCAAAUGGUUUGUCCCAACUGUGCUCAUGUUUACAAGAUUAGAGACGGAAUUCCCAAUAUGUUAUUGGCCGAGCACGAAAUCUAA